AUGAUGGUCUGAAAAGACAGAAAAAUUGUAUUGAAUUUAGAUUAUGAAGCAUCGAACAACUGUGACCCCUUUUAUCUCAUUCUGUAUAUGAAAGACAACAAAAAAGAAGCGAUAGAAAUUAGAACCUAAGAAGAAAUAUAUGCUCAUCUCUCUCUUUAUUUUCUCUCUCUACAAUCGGUGGCUUUUUCUCCAUAUCUUUGAAGAAAAUUGAAUCAAAAUCAUGGGUCUUUGUGCAUCAGCUCCAAAAUCAAGAACAAACCCAGAAAGGAAUCAGUUUCAGAACCAUCAAAAAAGCAAUCUUUUUAGCUAUAAUCAAACAAACCCACCUUCCACCAACAGCCCACAAAAGUUUUCCGGCCAGGUUCCGCCACAAACCACCACAAGUCCUGGUGGCGGUGGUGCAGGUGGUGGUGGUGCUACUCCUUCUUUCUCUGAAUUCUCUUUCGCCGACCUAAAAACUGCUACUAAUAAUUUCAGUACAGAUUUAAUUGUAUCUGAAAGUGGUGAAAAAGCACCCAAUCUUGUGUAUAAAGGAAGGCUCAAGAAUCGUCGGUGGAUUGCUGUCAAGAAAUUCAACAAAUUGGCAUGGCCGGACCCUAAACAAUUUGCGGAGGAAGCAUGGGGUAGAGGUUGCUUUGUUGCUGAGUACAUGCCAAAUGACACUCUUGCUAAGCAUUUAUUUCACUGGGAAAAUCAAACAAUCGAGUGGGCUAUGCGAAUAAGGGUGGCUCAAUACAUAUCCGAUGCCUUAAACUAUUGUAGCACCGAAGGUCGUGAAGUGUACCAUGACCUCAAUGCAUAUAGGGUUCUCUUUGACGAGGAGGGAGAUCCCCGCCUUUCGUGUUUUGGAUUCAUGAGAAACAGUCGAGAUGGAAAAAGCUAUAGCACGAAUCUUGCAUAUACGCCUCCAGAAUAUCUCAAACAUGGAAGAGUCACCCCAGAAAGCGUUGUAUAUAGCUUUGGAACAGUUCUUUUAGAUCUCCUAAGUGGGAAACACAUCCCACCAAGUCACGCGCUCGAUAUGAUUCGUGGAAAAAACAUCAUACUUUUAAUGGAUUCACAUCUAGAAGGGAACUUUUCAACCGAUGAAGCAACUAUUGUCGUUGAUCUUGCAUCUAAGUGUUUGCAAUAUGAACCGAAAGAUAGACCUACCAUUAAAGACCUUGUUGCAACACUUGGUCCACUUCAAAACAAAUGUGACGUUCCAUCUCAUGUAAUGCUUGGGAUUUCUAAACAAGAGGAAGCUCCAUUAACUCCACAACGCCCACUUUCACCUCUAGGAGAGGCUUGUUCCCGAAAGGAUCUUACUGCAAUUCAUCAAAUCUUGGUUAUGACACAUUAUCGUGAUGAUGAAGGAACUGGAACUAAUGAGUUGUCGUUCCAAGAAUGGACUCAGCAGAUGAGAGAUAUGUUGGAGGCAAGGAAACGAGGAGACCAAGCAUUCCGUGAUAAGGACUUCAAAGCUGCCAUUGACUUUUAUUCACAGUUCAUAGAUGUGGGAACGAUGAUUUCACCAACAGUUUAUGCAAGGAGAAGCUUGUGCUAUUUGCUAUGUGAUCAACCGGAUGCUGCUCUUAGAGACGCCAUGCAAGCACAGAUUGUAUAUGCAGACUGGCCCACAGCCUUUUACAUGCAGUCGGUUGCUCUUGGAAAGCUGGACAUGCAUCAAGAUGCACUUGAUAUGUUAAAUGAGGCUUCUGGGCUUGAACAAAAACGACACAAAGGUGAACGACGAGGGUCGUAGAUAUAGUAUUUUAUUGGUGGGUGGCAAGUUUUUUUUUCUUGAAAACAGUGGUUGACUUCAAAUUUUUGAAUGGAUUUUACAUACAAAAGUUUUUAUAUACUUUGAUAAAUGC